AUGACUCAUUACGAUCUAGAUAUUGAGGUGUACAGGGAGAAGGUAGUUCAAUGUCUCAUCAUGGGCGAAUACACCAAUGGCGGCAGCCAUGCCUUGGAGACGUUCAUGAACUACGUCUAUAUCGAAUUUCGAAUCCGCGAAGAUGCCGAAAAGGAUGUCUGGUUCCUCUUGGGGAUUGAGGUGAACCUGGCAAAACGCAUGGGCUAUCAUCGCGAUCCCAAGCACUUCCCUGGCAUCACCCCACUUGAAGGAGAAAUGAGGCGAAGGGUGUGGGCGACUGUUCUUCUCGGCGAUAGUCUCAUUUCAGGCCAGAUGGGCAUGCCGCGUAUGAUCACAAGCGAUCAAUUCGACACCGAAGAACCAAGAAAUCUGAAUGAUUCAGAUAUUGAAGGGGACAUCUCUGAGCUGCCUCCGCCUCGCCCGGAAACGGAGCACACCACUGCCUUGGGUAUCAUCGCAAGGAGGCGAAUUCUCAUAGCUCUGGGUGCCGUCUCAGAUCUGACCUCGUCCCUCAAGCCGUCAGGAUAUGCUGAGUACAUGAGGGUCGAUCAGAUAUUGAACGAUGCAAAAGCAAGUAUCCCACCUCCCCUGCAGCCCAAAUCAAUGGCAUCUAGCGUCACCGACUCACCACAAACGAUCAUGGCCCGCUUGUUCUUGAGCCACAUCUAUUACAAGGGACAGAUCAUGCUUCAUAGAAGAUUCCUGUUCGCAGAAUCCAUCUGGCAUGAUCUUGGCACAUUCACCUAUUCCAGGAAGGCUUGCAUCAACGCGGCGCUGGAGACGUUGCGUAUUCAGCAGGUCCUGGACGAAGAGACCCGCCCGGGAGGACAACUCCACAUCAUGCACUGGCGAGUUGGAUCGCUUAUGAACCAUCAUUUCCUGACAGCCACCAUGGUCCUAUGCUCGGUGGUGCACCGGCAAAGAAUUUUUGGGCAGGAUGAGGAGAUCAUGGAAGCUCUUGGAAACUCUAGAGCAAUCUGGAUAAGAAAAGGCCCCCACUCGAGGGAGGCCAAGAAGGCCGCCCAAGCAGUCGGCAUUGUUCUCCCGAGGGCGGGAGGUCCCAGGUUUGACAUGCAAUUGAUGUCUCGUAGUAUGGAAGAUAUGCCAAUGGAAACGACUGGCUCACACCAGAAGGCAAAUGAGGAAGAGGCUGCAAGAGUUUGGGAAGACGACAAAUGGCUCGAAGAAGCUCUUUGCCUUGAUCCAGGUGAGGUUGGUGGCGAGUGUGUUUUGCAAUAG